UCCAUGAAGAAAAAAAGAAGAAUAUUAAAGAGGAAAAAGCAAAUAAAAAGAAAGAGAAAGAGAAAGAGAGAAAGAGAGAAGAAAAAGAAAAGUCUCUCUCUCUCUCCUCCUGCGGAUCAUAUUUUUAUUUCUUUCCUUUGGGUUUUCUCGGCGGCUUCAUUCGAAUCGUUUUUUCCUGGGGGAUAAAGCUUCCUCCUUUCUGAAAACGCCAUGUCGGACAAAGGCCGCCCCUUGCCCAAGUUUGGAGAAUGGGAUGUGAAUGAUCCAGCAUCAGCAGAAGGUUUCACAGUCAUAUUCAACAAAGCUAGGGAUGAGAAGAAGACCGGUGGCAAGCCAGGAUCGCCUGGUAAAUCCACUGAUGGUCAUGCUAAGUCCGGAGGAGGAGGAGAUCCUAGUAAACCCCAGCCUAAAAAGUGGCUCUGCUGCAUGCAGUCUCCAGCAGUGGACUCUUGACGGACACAAAGAUUGGAUUUUACUUGCUGCCAAGUAAAAAAAGAAAGGAAGGUUACAUUGCUUAGACAUGUAAAGCAAUGUUCUUUUUUUUUAAAAUGUUUUAUUGUCUUUCUUGAAAGUAUCCACACCACAACAAAAAAGUUCUUAAGAUGAUUUGGAGCCCCCCUUUAGUAUUCACGAUAAUGAUUUUCCUUCUUCUUUGAAGUUGUUUGUUAUUCUAAUCGUGUUGCAACUUUUAUUGGAAAACCAGGAAAAGAGAAAACGAAAAAAAAAACAUAGUUAUUGUGUGUCUAUAUAUGUAAUGAUUCUCAUGGGUGUUUUUGGUGUUAUAUUUUAAAGGAUACUCUGAUC